CGCCAUUUUGAGUUUUUACCUCAACUCAACAUCACAAACUGAGGAGCGGGUGAGAGGCACUGGCUGUGACCGGGCAAAUUUAUACAUAGACGAGACGUUAGAAAUGCGACAAGGUUUAAAAUAUUGUUGCCUAUAUCGAUAAGGUGGUUUGAUGUGGAAAAGUCGAUAUCGGACUGUGGCAUCUCUACCUCCGUAAACUUCUAAAUUAGUGCGAUUCCAAAUUAGAAGCGUGUUUGAAUGGAUAGCUUUUUUCUCCGCUCUCCUCCAGACGAGGGACAAUCGGAGGAACACACGGACUGGGAAUAUUGUAGGGAAAGUUGUUAAGUGAGUCGUUAGCAAAUGAUACUUUCUUUUCCCUGUAGUACUAAAUCCGUUAUUUGUCUGCCCAGUGUCAGGUGGCUAUAAACGGACUAUUUGUUUCUCCGGCUGCAGGUUGUAUGUGAGUUGUCUUUCUCACCUCGCCUAUAACCCCACUCCUGGGGUAAAGCCGGAUUGAUUUAAUUCAACGGGCCUCCUUUUUUGAGCCCUAGUCAUCCACCACCGUCAGCGAUUUGCACCCAUCAAAGCGCCGAGAUUGGGCGAAUAGCGAGCAAAUACGUCCGCGUUUCUCUGCCUGCUCCCCCACCGACCUCCCCUCCUCAAUCCCCGGCGCUGACAGCAGAAAAGGCCGAGGUCGUUUUAGAACAGGCCCAGCCGCCUAGGCUCGACCUGUCUAUCCCUCCUCCGCAUCCUCAGACGCCUCAACAACUCAGAACCCGGCUCCCCACGGAACCGACUCCGGACAAGGUCGAGGGGAACAAAGAUAACAGGCAUCAUCACAUCACAACAGUUGCCAACAUGAACCAUCAUCACCACACUCAGCAACAGCAGCAGAAAGCCGGCGAGCAACAGCUUAGCGAACCCGAGGAUAUGGAAAUGGAAGCUGGGGACACCGAUGACCCUCCGAGAAUCCCAGCUAACCCAGUCAUUAACGGGAACGUGGCCAUGGCAGACGGCCAUAACAACACAGAGGAAGACAUGGAAGAUGACACCAGCUGGCGGUCAGAGGCCACGUUCCGCUACGUGGUGGAGCGUUUCAGCCGCCUCAGCGAGUCUGUCCUCAGCCCGUCCUGCUUCGUGAGGAACCUGCCCUGGAAGAUCAUGGUCAUGCCGCGCUUCUACCCGGACAGGCCCCACCAGAAGAGCGUGGGCUUCUUCCUGCAGUGCAACGCCGAGUCUGACUCCACGUCAUGGUCCUGUCACGCACAGGCGAUGCUGAAGAUCAUCAACUACAAAGACGACGAGAAGUCCUUCAGCCGCAGGAUAAGCCACCUGUUCUUCCACAAGGAAAACGACUGGGGCUUCUCCAACUUUAUGUCUUGGAGUGACGUGACUGAUCCAGAGAGAGGGUUCGUAGAGGAUGACAAGGUCUCCUUUGAAGUCUACGUACAGGCGGAUGCUCCUCAUGGAGUGGCCUGGGACUCUAAGAAACACACAGGCUACGUGGGUCUGAAAAACCAGGGAGCCACCUGCUACAUGAACAGCCUCCUGCAGACCCUCUUCUUCACCAACCAGCUACGGCGGGCGGUGUACAUGAUGCCCACAGAGGGUGACGACUCAUCCAAAAGCGUCCCCUUGGCACUGCAGCGGGUCUUCUAUGAGCUGCAGCACAGCGACAAGCCCGUGGGCACCAAGAAACUCACCAAGUCCUUUGGGUGGGAGACCUUAGACAGCUUCAUGCAGCACGACGUCCAGGAGCUGUGCAGAGUGCUGCUGGACAAUGUCGAGAACAAAAUGAAAGGCACCUGUGUUGAGGGAACCAUCCCCAAACUCUUCAGAGGAAAGAUGGUGUCCUAUAUCCAGUGCAAGCACGUAGACUACCGGUCAGAGCGGAUAGAGGACUACUACGACAUCCAGCUCAGUAUAAAAGGAAAAAAGAACAUCUUUGAGUCCUUCAAGGACUACGUGGCCGUGGAGCAGCUGGAUGGAGACAACAAGUACGACGCAGGAGAGCACGGCCUGCAGGAGGCGGAGAAGGGGGUCAAGUUCCUCACCUUCCCCCCCAUCCUGCACCUGCAGCUCAUGAGGUUCAUGUACGACCCUCAGACAGACCAAAACAUCAAGAUCAACGACAGGUUUGAGUUCCCAGAACAGUUGCCUCUGGAUGAGUUCCUCCAGAAGCCCGACUCCAAGGACCCGGCCAACUACAUCCUCCACGCGGUCCUGGUCCACAGCGGGGACAACCACGGGGGCCACUAUGUCGUCUAUCUCAACCCCAAGGGAGACGGCAAAGUCAGUGUCAAGGAGCCAAUAUGGUGCAAGUUUGACGACGACGUUGUGUCGCGGUGCACCAAAGAGGAGGCCAUCGAACACAACUACGGUGGCCAUGACGACGACCUCUCUGUCCGGCACUGCACUAACGCCUACAUGCUGGUGUACAUCCGCGAGUCCAAACUCAGCGAGGUGCUGCUGCCGGUCACAGACGUGGACAUCCCCCAGCAGCUGGUGGAGCGCCUGCAGGAGGAGAAGAGGGUGGAGGCCCAGAAGAGGAAGGAGAGGCAGGAGGCCCAUCUCUACAUGCAGGUCCAGAUGGUGACGGAGGACCAGUUCUGUGGUCACCAGGGAAACGACAUGUAUGACGAGGAGAAGGUGAAGUACACGGUGUUCAAGGUCCUCAAGUCCUCCACGCUCGCAGAGUUCGUCCAGAACCUCUCCCAGACCAUGGGUUUCCCACAGGACCAGAUGAGGCUGUGGCCCAUGCAGGCCCGGAGCAACGGGACCAAGCGGCCCGCCAUGCUGGACUACGAGGCCGACUGCAACAAGUCUAUGAUCGACUUGAGCGACAACGAGAACCCCUGGACCAUCUUCCUGGAGACGGUCGACCCGGAGAUGGCUGCCAGCGGGGCCACGUUACCCAAGUUCGACAAAGACCAUGAUGUCAUGUUGUUCUUGAAGAUGUACGACCCAAAAACCAGAAGCUUAAAUUAUUGUGGACAUAUCUACACACCUAUAUCCUGUAAAAUACGAGACUUGCUGCCAGUCAUGUUUGAGAGAGCAGGCUUCCAGCAGGAGACUAGCCUUAUCCUCUAUGAGGAAGUUAAGCCCAACCUGACUGAGCGGAUACAGGACUAUGACGUGUCUCUGGACAAGGCUCUGGACGAGCUCAUGGACGGAGACAUCAUCGUGUUCCAAAAGGAUGACCCAGAGAAUGACGCCAGUGAGCUGCCCACAGCCAAGGACUACUUCAGAGACCUCUACCACCGGGUGGACGUCAUCUUCUGUGACAAGACCAUCCACAACGACCCCGGCUUCGUGGUCACGCUCUCCAACCGCAUGAACUACUUCCAGGUGGCGAAGACGGUGGCCCAGAGGCUGAACACGGACCCCAUGCUCCUCCAGUUCUUCAAGUCCCAGGGGUACAGGGACGGGCCGGGCAACCCUCUCAGACACAACUACGAAGGCACUCUCAGAGACCUGCUGCAGUUCUUCAAACCCAGGCAGCCCAAGAAACUGUACUACCAGCAGCUGAAAAUGAAGAUCACAGACUUUGAGAACAGGAGGAGCUUCAAGUCCAUAUGGCUCAACGGCCAGUUUAGAGAGGAGGAGAUCACACUCUACCCUGACAAGCACGGCUGUGUCCGAGACCUGCUGGAGGAAUGUAAAAAAGCUGUGGAGCUCUCCGACAAAGGCUCAGAGAAGCUCCGGCUGUUAGAAAUAGUAAGCUAUAAGAUCAUCGGCGUGCAUCAGGAGGACGAGCUGCUCGAAUGUUUAUCUCCUGCUGCCAGCCGGACGUUCAGAAUAGAGGAGAUCCCUCUGGACCAGGUGGAGCUGGACAAGGACAACGAGAUGCUGAUCCCGGUCGCUCACUUCCACAAGGAGGUCUUCGGAACCUUCGGCAUCCCCUUCCUGCUCAAGAUCAGACAGGGGGAGCCGUUCAGGGAGGUGAUGAGGAGGAUCCAGAGCAUGCUCGACAUCCAGGAGAAGGAAUUUGAGAAGUUCAAGUUCGCCAUUGUGAUGAUGGGUCGGCAUCAGUACAUCACUGAAGACGAGUACGAGGUCAACCUGAAAGACUUCGAGCCACAGCCAGGUAACAUGUCCCACCCUCGACCCUGGUUAGGGCUAGACCACUUCAACAAAGCUCCAAAGAGAGGUCGCUACACCUACCUGGAGAAGGCAAUCAAGAUCCACAACUAAACAGCCCACCAGCUCCUCCCUCUCUCCCCCCCCCCCCCUUCACCCUAACCCACCAUAACCACAGACUGUAACCAACCCAGUGUGUGUGUGUGUGCGUGUCUGAGUGAGCGUGAGUGAGCGCGUGCGUGUGUGUGUUCACCACAUUGCACACCCUUGCCGAAUCUGGCUCCACAGGCACCAUGUAUUCAGUCGUCAGCAAAAGGAUCGCCUGCUGACGAAGGCUACUCCCCCACCCUCACCUCCCUGCCCCCCACCCCACCCUUCCCACCACGGUGUUUUUCUUUUUUCCUUUUUUUGGAGGCUGUUGGGUUUUUUGGCUUCUCUAACUGUUGACUGCCUAUUUUUUUUGGUCUGAAAGUGGAAAUGAAAUUGGAUUUUAACAAAACCGGGCGGACGACACAGUAUGUGAACUUCUAGACUUUCUUUUCCCCUUUUUUGGUUUUGUUUAAAAAAAAAAAAAGGUUGUUGUUACGGCAAAGAAUUACUGCUGCGUCGUGAAUGGGAUGAUGAAUAUGAUGGUAGAGGCAAUGGAGAGAGAGAUUGCUGUUUGCAGGAAAAGGAACGAGCUUCCUUCUUUUACCAAGCCGUUUGCAGAGGCCUGAGGCUUGCUAGUUGCCCUGAUGUGGUUGUUAUAAUAUUUCCUGGUCCCCCUUUAGUGCAACUAGUCAACAUUUCCACGUUUACACAAUUCUUUCUCAAUUAGUUUGGUUGGAGGAAAAAAAAUCAGUUUUUGUCUUUUCUGCAAAUCUUGUAUAAUAAAAUAAAAAUCCACAGCAUCUGUUUAAAAAUAAAUUUAAAAAAAAAAAAAAA